GCGUGGAGCACCGAGCGCAUAAAUUGUGCGCGCGAAAGGGGCAGAGAACGGCAGCGCGAGCGAUGCGUUUCAGCCGCUCUGUCAUCUCCUACAUACACUCCGGAUUUCAUUUUUUUCUCCACCUCCUUUUUCUUUCUUUCCUUCCAGCACCACCGGAGCCGGUUCGGUUCGGUUCGGUUGUACGUUUUGUUGUUUGUUUGUUUGUUUGUUUGUUUUUCCCCUUUUUGAAGUUUUAGGUCUUGCUCGGAUCGGAAUGUAGCCGUCACGCGCACGUCUCGGGGUUUUUUUUUGUUUACUCGACUUGUGCGGAUGUGUGCACGACCGGAGACCCUCACAGACCCUCACAGAACCUCCGAGAACCUCCGAGAACCUCACAGAACCUUACAGAACCUUACAGAACCUUACAGAACGUGACUGAAACGGAACAGCACGACGCACACACACGCGCGCGCGGAGCCUGCAGCAGCACGCGGACCCUUUUUUCUAUUAUCAUUUUCAUUAUUUUAUUUUAAACCGAGAGAGAGAGAGAGAGAGAGAGAGAGAGAGAGGAAGAAUAGGAAGAAUAGGAAGAAGAAGAAAAGAACCCUGCUGGAUCCGAGAGCGGAGCGUCCUGAGCCGGACUCCUCCUCAUUCCUCAGGACCAUGGUGUUGGACAAGGAAGAGGGAGUGCCGAUGCUCUCCGUCCAGCCCAAAGGCAAGCAGAAGGGCUGCGCUGGCUGCAACCGCAAGAUUAAAGACCGCUACCUGCUCAAGGCGCUGGACAAAUACUGGCACGAAGACUGCCUGAAGUGCGCGUGCUGCGACUGCCGCCUGGGCGAGGUCGGCUCCACCCUCUACACCAAAGCCAAUCUCAUCCUCUGUCGCAGAGACUACCUGAGGCUCUUCGGGACGACGGGGAACUGUGCAGCCUGCAGUAAACUGAUCCCCGCGUUUGAAAUGGUGAUGAGGGCCAGAGAUAAUGUUUACCAUUUGGACUGUUUUGCCUGUCAGCUUUGUAACCAGAGGUUCUGCGUAGGCGACAAGUUUUUCCUAAAGAACAACAUGAUCCUGUGUCAGAUGGACUAUGAGGAGGGCCAGCUCAACGGCAGCUUCGAGACGCAGGUCCAAUAACGCCAACCUGGCGGAGGCAGCAGCACACACACACACACACACACACACACACACACACACACUCACACUCACACUCACACACACAGGGAGGAGCGUCUGUCUGCUUGCCUGCAAUACUUUUUACAGUAAAAGAAGCCCUCGUUGGUCCUUUAGGACUCUGGUGUAAAUGUUCUACUUUUUGGCCUUUUCCUCGACUCGAGCAUUUAUAAGUUCUGAUGUACAGUCGUGCCUGCGUCGCUGAGCACCGUAUCGCCUGUAUGGGUUUUUGUGAUGUUUUUUCUUUUAUUCCUCAUUCCUCACGGUUAGGAUGGUAAGAUGGAGGCUGAUGUACAGUCUGUUUUUUUCUGUAUAUAUAUAUAAACUGGAACAUUUAUUUUAUGAAAUUGUAAUGCAAUUUUAUUACUAGUGUGAAUUAAAGAACAAAACACGAUUCUUAAAUGUUCAAA